CUGUGGCUUCGGUGAAGCUUCUAGAUCAAUAAUGAUCCUGGGAUCCAUCUUCCCCAUGCGGCUAAAACCCUCCGUUCUGCUGGCCGUUCGAGGUAGAUCAGUGGCUUGGUCCCUUUGGAGCAUCAUGAUCACCCGGAUCAACUGGAUCGGUGGAGAGAAACGUCGUAGACUCCAGGUCUCCAGGAUCGUGUGGACUGGUGAAUUCAACUGCGGAUCCUCCUCCACCGAGGAAGCUCAUUCAACUCUACGAGCCACUCCAGAAGAACGUGUACUCCGUGCUCCCGUACUUGGGAUAAUCCACCCGCCCCCUCAAAACCCAAACUCAAAGCUUCCGAGAACCCCCCGAAAGUCAACUGCCAACGACAUCCGAAGCCCGAGUCCUGUUCCAUACUCAUCCUUCUUCACUCCUCUCUACCCCAAGGACCCCUUUCCAACAUAAUCGGAUCCUUCCACCUCCCUACCGCACCCCGCGCACUCGAUCGCCAUUCUUCGACUUCACUCCGUCAUCCUCUUGAGCUCAGAUCCCGCAAACCACUUCCUUGCCUCCCCAACCCAAAAUCUUCUGCGACGCGGCCGACAACGCCUCUGUCCCUCCUCUGACCCGUUUAAAUUUUCCCACCCAUGGAGCCCCGCGAGGGUGUAUCCUGCUUAACGCGCCCAUAAUGUCCGAGAACUCGGCCCGCCCGACUCAGGAACCCGCGGCCAAGGGCAAAUCCCGCAAGACAGAGCCUAGCACCGCGCCGAUUCGAAAACGCCGCAAGAGAACCGUCGUGAGCGGUGCUCCCGAUGAUUGCUUUGCAUGCGCUAAACGAGGGGCCCGGUGCGACCGGCGCCGGCCCUACUGCUCCCAGUGCCUCGAGAUGGGUCGUGAAUGCUCCGGAUACAAGACCACCUUGACAUGGGGAGUAGGUGUCGCGAGUCGAGGCAAGCUGCGAGGCCAGAAGUUGCCCGUCAUGGAAGCCGAGGGGAAUUCGUCGGCGAGUACCUCGAAAGGAGCGCAGCGUGCAGCUGCGUCGAGCAGCCAGAGUCCGCCCUCGUCGCAUGUGCCUUCAAAUCCAGCUCCACCAUUGGUCGCAACGUCUCCUACGGAGAUGACUGCUCCCAUGCUGGAUCACACGGUGUUGAGCUCGAUCGAUCCAGAUCAUCAGCAUCCACCUGCCAUGUCGACGGUUCCAGAUAUGUCGACAAGCAUGUCAUGGGUUAUGGAUAUGCCCGAUCCACACACCUGGUCCAACAUACCGGCGGCGCCACCUCAGAUAUCCGGGCUUCCUCUACCCACUCGACCAAUGUUCGCCGAUCGCUCUAGCCCUAGUAUUGCAUCGGAGGUUUCGAUGCACUAUGCACCCACAUUGAGCCCCGACGCCAGUUUCGCUGCUCCCGUUUGGUCGGUCGCCCAAAACUGGCAAGCCCCGAAUGCGACAUCACCAUCACAAGAUGUGGACGAGGAAUAUGAACGACAAGAACCCAAACGUUCAAUACUGUGGAACUCGGGUCAUCGUCCGUCAUAUUCGCAGAUGCUCCUGGCAAGAUCGGUCGGGCGCACCCCUCGUCUCCGGUACUUGAUCAGUUAUUUCGCCGAAGUCAUUGCUCCCAUGAUCGUCGCCUUCGAUACCCCUUCAAAUCCAUUUCGUAUUCAAAUUCUCCGUUUGGCUCAGGAUAGUCCCGCUUUACAAGAGGCAAUUGCGACCUUGGCGACGAGUAAUCUGCGCCAGCGUCGGGAACGAAAUCACACGUCCACCGAGAGAACCUUGCCGGCACGCAUGUCCUCGAUGGCCCAUCGGGCACUGACCGACGAAGCAUUUCAAGAUCGAUAUGGUAUCUCAAUUCCCGAAGGUUACGCCCGGGAAGAGAACCAUCACCGUGGGAUGGCCGUCAAAGCCUUGAAUGCCGACCUGGCCGAUCCUCGCCGCAGAUUAUCAGACUCUGUAUUAGCAACGCUACUGAUUCUGUGUCUGUUCCAUGGUUGCGAUACUGGUGUGGCCGAGUUUCGAACGCAGUUUGCAGGAGUCACGCGACUCCUUGCCAUUCGCAUGCGCCAUUCACCCGUCAUAUCGGACGAUCUCAAGUGGUUUAUUCGUAUGUUCUCGUGGUUUGAUACCUUGACAGCGACCACGAAUGAUCGUGAUGUGCAGCUUCGCGGGAAAUGCUUGGAAAUCAGCUCCAUCACGGACGGAGAAUGGGGCCUCGAAAAUCUAGCUGGUUGCGAUGGCCGUUUGUUCAAAUUGAUUUCUCAGCUUGGCCGUCUCAAUCUGCUCAGCCAGGAUCAACAGCCGACCGAGUCCCGCCCUGCCGAGGUGACCAUUCCCACUGCCUCCCUCCCUCCAAAUAUGGUGUUCCCUGGCUGGAACACCGUCACCUCAGGCACUGCCCCGGGAUCUAUAUCAGACCAGGGAUAUGGCGGCGCCUCCAUGCCAACUCCCCCACAAAGCAGUGACCAAGCCAGGAAACCGUCGUCUCCCGCUUUCUGGACUGAAUGGUACUCGCUACGACAACGCCUCGAAUCCUGGCGAUUCGAUCCACCUGCCCAAGCUUCCUUCCCUUCCCCACCCCUCUCUGCCUCGCAUCUCUCCUGGAAUUCACCCGCCUUUAUACCCGCCCCCGCCGCUCCCUCAAUGCCAUAUCAAGUAGCUCCCGAAAACCUCCAGGAUAUCUACCAAAUAUCGGAGUGCUUCCGCCACGCCGCGCUCCUCUACUGCGAACGCCUCGCCGAGCCAAGCCUCCCAUCCCGACACCCGCGCAUCCAGCACCUGGUCCACCUCGCCAUGCACUGUCUCUGCGCCGUCCAAUCCGACGUAUACCUCCUCUGGCCCCUCUUCAUUGUGGGCUCGGAGUGUGUCCAAGAAGACCAUCGGGCAAGUAUUCGUUCCCGCUGCAAGGAUAUCUCCAAGGACUCGGGCUUCGUGAAUAAUCUGUCCUGCCUGGAACUGCUGGAAAAGAUCUGGGCAGAUCACUCGUACGAGUUGUCCUACCCCGUGUACCCCUCCGAGAUGGGUCCCCCGCCACCACUGGAUGGUAGCGGUCGUUCGGCUCCGUCUCAGGCCUUCCGUUGGUCUCGCGUGAUGCAGGCCAAACGUGGUGAUGGGGAGUAUAUGGUGGUGUAAAUAGCUGUUUGAUCGUCUAUAUUGUCUUUGGGUCUAACUUGAACUUUUACCCUUGAAUCCUACCCUUGGGCUAUGUGACCUUGGAUCAUUUGUGAAUAGUCUCUUCUGUGUUGGUAUAUCUGAGUUGUCUAAUAUGACUGAUUGGACCGGAUGGAUAGUUUUGGGGCCGUUGCCAUUUAUCUGCCACGUCUAGAAGAGCUUGGAGUUCUAUGCUCGGCCUGAGAAAAUGAUACCAUUCUGCACAUACUAAAUCAUCUGUUGUCAACACAUCUUGCUUGAUAUAUUGCCCAUCG